AUGGGACGGGUGCUGGUCUGGGACGCCACAUGCGUCGAUACACUAGCUCCGUCCCAUCUACCAAGAACUUCGUUCAGGGCUGGGGCGGCUGCCGAGGCGGCUGAAGGCAAAAAGUUCGCAAAGUACCGAGUCAAUCCCCUGCCGUUCCCAGCCUGCAAAGCGAACGACAUCGACUGCCUCCGUCGCGGCUUCAGAACUUUCUUCUUUCUAAUGGAAUCUGGCCAUAUGGGUAUGCGGCCGAUCGACCCGGCCGUAGUGAACAGUGUGGCCGUAUCCUUGCCAGAGCAGCAUGUGUCAUUCCUGCUAAGGAGGGUCAACGUUACCGGAGCUAAGUGGACGAAGCUCGCAGAACGAAGGUUUCACGUGCACGGAGGUAAAAGCGGGGCCAUAUUCAACAGCGACCUUCAUAUUGGAGCCGAGAUAAUCAUGAAAGUUUCAGAUAGGGUUGAGUCAUAUACAUCCUACAUAACUAUGGACAUACAGGAGGUAGAAAGCAACAUCACCUACACCUGGGCUGGCACUAACGUCAACAACGAUGACUACAUCAUAAUCGGACCGGAGCGGAUCGCAGUGAGGAAUCGACGCACGCCUACGUAUUUCCUACAGCCGAUUAACAACAAUUUCCUGGACAUGAACAUGAUUGAGGCUGGUCUCCAGGCAAAGACCUCGGUUCUGGACCAUUUCUCCAACGAAAUUGUCACGGCCAUCAUGCAUGCUGUGGUGGAUAACUUCAGACUUUUUGCAAGGAAGAUACCAGUCAAAUAUUAUUACCAGUACAGCUCUUUCAUUUAGUCGUAACGAGCCAACCAU